GCCCGGGGAGGCGACGACGAUGUCAGGAGGCCAAGAGGUCUCGGGUGAUUUGGGUUCGCCCAAGACACCGCAAGGGUAGCAGUAUUUAACCGAUCAAAGGUGUGCAGAUUGGCGUAGUAUACUGCCACCAUGGAGGUGUUUGGAAUGACCACAUCAUGGACCUAGGUGACCACUCUAAGAUCAAAAGGGCAAGAGCCACAAAUUGGCCUACAGUGAUGUCAAAGUUUGUGCUUGAUUGGUACCUUCAGAAGAAGAAGGAGAUGCCACCUAAGACCAAGUUCAAGAAGAUACACCACCAUUAUUGCACAUCCAUAUUAAAUGCUAGAUUUAAGACAACUUUCACUGUUGAUCAGGUCCAUCGCCACUUUAGGCGCUUCAAGGAGGUUUGGAAUAUUGUGGCUCGUUAUAUGAAUGUGACAGGGAGCAGGUUUGACAAGAAACACAAAAUGCUAGUACUACCUCCUUCAACUAUGGCUAGUCUACCUAUAGCUGAGCGUGCAAUUCUUGCUAAACCAAUUCCAUUCUUCAAUCAUAUACAAGCUCUCUUUGGUGAGUGGUCAAUGGAUGCUGCCCCCGUGACAGACCCAAUUGCAGCUGAUGACAUUAACGAUGAUGACAUGGAAAUCCUGGAUCCAUUGAACAUGAUGGCAAAUUGUGCAGAUGCAAAGGACCCUGAUGGUACAGACUUGGACAAAUUUGUUUUGGAGGAUGAAGAUGACUGUCAUGAGGUGGCAGCAAGUAGUGACGCAGUGCCUUGUGAAGUGAUGUCUGACACUAGUGCACCAUCUAGCCAGCCAUCUGGAUCCUUUGCCGAGAGCACAAUGGCUGCUCUCAAGCCUGGAUUGAAGAAAUGCAAAAUAGUCAGCAAAGCAAAACCAACCCCAAGCCCAAAAUCACAGGCUCCUGUGCCACAUGAGGGCAGGAAAGCGGAUAUGGUAAAGAGUACCUUAGCCGGGAUCUGUGACCGUCCUGCAAAACCAAUACGGGCAGCUCCGACAUCAUCAGACCCAAAUGCUCCUCUGUGGACCAUGCUAAAAGAAAUCCCAUUGACACCUGCUGAUAGACUCUCAGUUGGGAUUUGUCUUUGUAAACCAGAGUAUGAAGUGCACCGCAGCUUUUUCAUGAACAUGGGUAGGGAGUACCUUGAAGCUUGGGCCCAUAAGUUCUUAUCUGGAGGUGAACAUGCAUCCUUGUAGUCUGAUAGCGCAGAAGCUGGCUGGCUGCUAGUUCUUUCUUUUACCUCAUCAAUAGGACAAUAGCAACCCAUAGUCUCUGCUGAUGGAUAACUGUUUAUGACAUCCUAUUUCAACUGCUAAAAUAUAAGUGGUAAAUAUAGUAGGAAUUGUAAAUGUGAAACUUACUUUGGGCCUGUUUGGGGGAGCUUUUUCUAGCUGCAGCUUCUCCCAAAAGCUCCUUCUGCCAGAAGUUGCCCCAAACGAUUCACAGCUUCUGAGAAUCUGUAGUUACAGAUUCUGGAAAAUGAACUAAAAAUCCACAAGCUGGAGAAGCUGGGUUUAGGAGCUUUUCCAUAUUCUCAGAAGUUGGUUACCAAGUAGCUGCUUCUCAGAAUCUAAAACUCCCCCAAACAUACCCUUAGACCCAUAGCUAACAGUUCAGUGAUGUCUUCUUGUACUUUUGUGACAAGGUAUUAACAGCGUAAGUUGGUAAGCUGUCGAGAGCUCUAUAAAAAAAGUCUACAUGUGAUGACACGAGGUUGCAGAUGAUGCUGAAAAUGAUUGGUUGUCAUAUGUGUGAUGCCUUUGUUCAGAGUCAGAUACCUUUUCUUCAUCUGAAUGUGCUCUUUGAAACCAUCGUGUGUCAUUAUUCUCUCUUGAGCAAGACAGCUCUAGCUAUCCUGAUUGCCGCUAUAUGCCUGCAGGAUUGCUGACAAGUAUACGCCAAAA